AUGACGUCCACCUCGUCCGAGAAACACAAGCUGGGCGACGGCGACGUCGAAGUCGAGGGCAAAGCCGGGGCGUUCGCGCAGGUCGAGCACUUUGAGGAGAUGACGCAGGAGGUGCGCGACGCGCAGACAUUUGAGCAUAACCUUACCGUGGCCCAGUCCGUGAGGGUGUACAAGAAGGGCGUCGCGUGGUCUUUGUUGCUCUCGAUGGCCAUCAUCAUGGAGGGCUAUGGUAUGUUUGGCUCAAGUGUCCGGGCGGGUUUGCUCCGAGGUUCGGUUUGCCACGCCGAGUGAGGCUGACGUAGCGACCCCGCGCGCCCGCUAUGACCACCUUUCGUGUCCACUCCGAGCGGGCCGCCUAGACUCGACGCUGUUGCCUUCGUUCUUUGCUUUCCCGCCCUUUGUCGAACAAUGUGAGUCAUCACAAACCUUUACGCGAGGCAGAAUGAACAUCUCCGGGGGGUGAAUCAUGAAGUCCUGAACCCCGAAAGCUGACGUCGUUCCACAACUUGGCUCGGAGAUCGUGCCCGUUUGCAGACGGUACUCGCCUACCGGACGGCAGCUUCACCAUCUCGGCGUCUUGGCAAACCGGUCUUUCAGUCGGGUGCCAAGUCGGUUCGAUCGUCGGCGUCUUCCUCAACGGCGUUCUGGUCGAUCACUACGGGUACAAGCACACGAUGCUCGCAUCACUCAUCUUUAUGAUCCUCGUCAUCUUCAUCCCCUUCUUCUCCACCAGCAUCGAGGUCUUGCUCAUCGGGUUCCUAGCUCAAGGAAUCCCUUGGGGUAUCUUCUCGACUUUGGCUUGUUCCUAUGCUUCGGAGGUAUGUUGCACCAAGCUUCGACCCAUUUUGGCGACAUGGAUCAACGCGUGCUGGGUCAUGGGUCAGCUCGUCGCAAGUGGGACCCUUAGGGGCUUCCUCAGUCGAAGUGAUCAAUGGGUCAGUCAAACGUUGCAAAUUCAACUAACAUGAUAACGUAAACUAAGUGCAGUAUGCUUCGACAGGCUUACCGCAUCCCUUAUGCUUUGCAAUGGCUCUGGCCCGUCGGCAUCUUCACCGCCUGCAUGUUUGCCCCUGAAUCCCCUUGGUUCCUCGUUCGCCAAGGUCGGGAAGAAGAAGCCGUCGCCAUCGUUAGACGCCUCACUUCACCCGGUCAAGGCUCAGGCUUCUCCCCCGAAGCGAAUGUCGCUUGGAUGUCGUACACCAACAAGAUAGAGGAGAGCGUGUCGGCCGGUACGUCGUACCUCGAUUGUUUCAGAGGUAUCGACCGUCGUCGUACAGAGGUGAGCGCUCAUCAUCAGCACAAGCGGGUUUCAGAGACGCGCUAACUCACACCGAGUCUUAACGGUUCUUAUCAGAUCGCCUGCGCGGUGUGGUCCAUCCAAAACUUGUGCGGUUCGGCCUUCAUGGGUUACUCGACCUACUUCCUCCAGCGUGCCGGUUUCUCCCCCGCGGACUCGUUCAACCUCUCCCUCGGCCAAUACGGACUCGGCCUCGUGGGGACCGUGCUCUCGUGGUGCUUGAGUGGGUCACGGCGUUUGAUAAGAAGUAGAUGUAGAGGUAGUUCAAUGACCCACCAAAUCGCAAUACCGUACCCACAGUGCACACGGCUGGACGUCGAACGAUCUACACCUAUGGCCUUGCGAUCCUGUGCUGUAUCCUACUCGUCAUCGGAAUCAUGGGCAUCGCGACUAGUCCUGCGGCGGUUCGAGCCGUCGGCGCCAUGUUGCGUGAGUUGUCUUCGACUGCAAUCACUUCGAACGUCCCCGUCACGGGCUGACCUCUUUGGAUUUCUUAGUAAUCUACACCUUCAUCUACGAUGUCUCGGUCGGUCCGGUGUGCUACUCCCUCGUUGCGGAAAUGUCCUCCACCCGUCUUCGCGUCAAGACCGUCGUCCUCGCUCGCAAUUUCUACAACCUCUUCGGCAUCGUCAACUUCAUCAUCAUGCCUCGGUUCAUCAGUCCCGACGCUCUCGACUGGGGUGCAAAGUCAGGUUUUUUCUGGUCGGCGCUCUGUUUCUUCUGCUUCGUGUAUUGUUUCUUCCGAUUGCCCGAACCCAAGAAUCGUACGUUCGGCGAAUUGGACCUCUUGUUCGGUCAAGGCGUUCCGGCCCGCAAGUUCUCGUCGACGCACGUCGAUCCGACCGCGACGCAUCAUUCGAAUGGGGCCUUGUUGGACGCUACCAAUUUUUACAAGGGUGUCGGUCCGGAAGUGAAAGGUGUGGCACAUGGUACGAUGGCUGGCAACAUGACCACGAAACCAGUUUCGUCGUCGUCUUCAGCUUCAGCUUCGGUCGGCGUGGUCUGA